CUGGUUCGGACGAUAACACUGUGCGGGUGUGGGAUGCAGCGACAGGAAAGUCAUUGGGUGAGCCCUUGGAGGGGCACACUGGCAGUGUUUACUCAGUCUCGUUCUCACCGGAUGGUACUCGCAUCGCGUCUGGUUCGGACGAUAACACUGUGCGGGUGUGGGAUGCAGCGACAGGAAAGUCAUUGGGUGAGCCCUUGGAGGGGCACACUGGCAGUGUUUUACUCAGUCUCGUUCUCACCGGAUGGUACUCGCAUCGCGUCUGGUUCGUGGGAUAACACUGUGCGGGUGUGGGAUGCAGCGACGGGAAAGUCAUUGGGUGAGCCCUUGGAGGGGCACACUGGCCCGGGUUUGGUCAGUCUCGUUCUCACCGGAUGGUACUCGCAUCGCGUCUGGUUCGCACGAUAAGACUGUGCGGGUGUGGAAUGCAGUGACAGUGCAGCCAUUCUCCCAGCCCAGGGAUUCAGAUCCCUCCACAUUUUCGCUACACCCAUGCACUCCCACUCAAGGAAGCUGUAUCAUUCCGCCCAACACUUGCAACGAUCACCUCAUUUCCUUCUCUUCCAAACUGGAACACGCUCUGCUCAACUCCGCUGACUUGCUCGAACCUACCUCUCAUCAUGAUUCUAAUUCAACCCCUUUCUUGCUGCAGGGCGAUGGGUGGAUGAUGGGCCCCAAUCACCAGCUCAUUUUCUGGGUACCUCCAGGUUCCCGACACCCUUUUUAUACUCCUGGCACUGCAAUGGUGAUCCCCAGAGGAGGCGUCGAGCUUGAUUUGAGCCGCAUGGCACAUGGAACACGCUGGUCGAGUUGCCGAGAUGCCUCCACGCAAGGAUGAUUCUAUUGCUACAAUGUCGGGUGUACCAUCUGAUUCUUCGAUUCCUUGUCUAUUUUAUAUGUAGGACCGAGUCUGAAUUUACGAUUGUCCGACUGCACGAUGCGCUGAAAAGCAGACUAGGCGAAACUCAAAAUGUUGCUAUUGAUUCAUGAAUCAUAAGAGCAUGCAUCGAAAACUAAUUUCAUUACAGAUGUGUUUGUGCCCUUCGAAAUCCACG